UGCUCGUGCUGAGCCCUGAUCACGAACGUACGCUCACCUGGGGGGAGUGUUCCGCGAGGAGGAAGCGAAUUCCAGGGAAUUCGAGGGAGAAGACCAUGCAGAGGGUGGGAUGUGACUCCCGGAUGUAUGAGAAACUGCAGGACACCCUGGGAGCGCCCCAGAUUCGGACCGGAAGGCCAGCUUUUGGCCCUUUUCACAAGGAUGGAAAUGCUACUGUUUUGUGUCUGGGCCCUGCUGGCUUUGAACCCUGGCCCAGGAGCAACUGAAGAGAUAUUUGAGGUUUCCAUUUGGCCAGAUCAGGCCCUGGUAAAGCUUGGACAGUCCCUAAUGAUCAACUGCAGCACUACCUGUCCAGACCCAGGACCCGGUGGAAUUGAAACUUACUUAAAGAAAACCCAGGUGGACAAAGGACCUCAGUGGAAGGAGUUUCUUCUGGAGGAUGUCACAGAGAAUUCUGUUCUGCAGUGCUUCUUCUCUUGUGCAGGGAUCCAAAAGGACACAAGCCUUGACAUCACUGUGUAUCAGCCACCCGAGCAGGUGAUCCUGGAGCUGCAGCCUGCAUGGGUAGCCAUGGAUGAAGCCUUCACAGUGAAGUGCCACGUGCCCAGUGUAGCACCCCUGGAGAACCUCACCCUUACCCUUCUCCAGGGUAACCAGGAACUACACAGAAAGGACUUUAUGAACUUGGCUGUGGCCUCCCAAAGAGCUGAGAUCACCAUCAAUGUCAAAGCCCAAAGGGAAGAUGAUAGGUGCAAUUUCUCCUGCCGUGCAGAACUGGACUUGAGUUCACAUGGUGGAGGGCUCUUUCACAGUAGCUCAGCCAUCAAGGUACUCCGGAUCUUUGAAUUCUCUGAGAGUCCCCAAAUCUGGGUCUCCUCACUUUUGGAGAUUGGGAUGGCAGAGGCUGUGAGCUGCGAGUUGGCUAGGGUGUUCCCCGCCAGAGAGGUAAUGUUCCACAUGUUCCUGGGAGACCAAGAGCUGAGCCUGUUUGUCUCCUGGAAGGGAGACACAGCAUGGGCCAAUACCACAGUUCGGGCCAUGGAGACUGGUGAUCAGGAGCUGUCUUGCCUUGUAUCUCUGGGUCCAAUGGAACAGAAAACAAGAGAGCCAGUGCAUGUCUAUAGCUUCCCUCCACCAAUCCUAGAGAUAGAAGAAUUAUACCCAUUGGCAGGGACAGACAUUAAUGUGACCUGUUUGGGGCAUGUGUUAACAUCACCCAGCCCUACUCUUCGGCUUAAGGGAGCCCCAGAUCUCCCUGCCCCUGGGGAACCUGCCUGGCUUUUACUUACCACCAGGGAGGAAGAUAACGGCCGAAAUUUCUCCUGUGAGGCCUCUUUGGAGGUUCAGGGUCAGCGGUUGAGCAAAACCACUGCGGUCCAGCUCCAUGUCUUAUACAAGCCCCGGUUAGAGGAAGCUGACUGCCCUGGCAACCAGACGUGGGUGAAAGGGACAGAGCAGCUGCUUGCCUGCGUCCCAAAGGGAAACCCAGCUCCAACCUUGGUGUGUACCUGGAAUGGAGUGAUAUUCAACUUUGAAGUGCCACGGAAAGCAACCCAGAACCACACAGGAACCUACUGCUGCACAGCCUCUAACCAACUGGGCUCUGUCAGCAAAGACAUUGCUGUCAUCGUUCGAGGACUGGAUGAAGGAAUCAGCCCCACCAUCUUUGUCAUCAUUAUUGUCGCUCUUGGAGUGGGUGUAAUCACCAUAGCACUGUAUUUGAACUACCGGCCUUGCAAAAUAGAGAGGCGGAAAUUGCCCUAUAGGCAGAAAGAGAAGAACAAAGAGGAGGAAAGCCAGUUUGCUGUUCAGCAAGCAGAAAAAUGCAAUGCACAUAAUUGUUAAAUGGAAACAGCUAUUUGUUUGAAAGCAACCUCUACUCCUGGGGUUUCCUAAGGGAGGAAAGUGGGGGAGGAAAAAGGAAGAGACAUUACCCUUUGUGUUCUACAGUCCCAUAAAACAGUGUUUCAGACCCCCACGUCCCUUGUAUCUCAUCCAUCCACAAGCUCAGCUCCUCUGAGUUCAUUCUAGUCACCAGAAUUUCAGUCUCAGUGUCCAGCUAAUGAGAGGGCCUCUUGCUUCUUACUGUGUGCUUAGUCAGUCCACUCCCAAAAGAAAGCCCUUUGCUUUCAACAUCAGACUGAAGAGAUAGAAAUAUCUCAGAAAUGCAACUCAUUUCUCAUGGUUUCUUCAUGACUAAGUGGGAACCAGUUUUUUAGUCCACAGAGGACUUCAAAGGGAGUACCAAACAAAGAGAUAGGAAUCAGAACCUAUUCCUCCCUACACAUUCCCCUGAUCCCCUAACCUGAGGUUCUGGAGUGCCGGCUCCCAGAGCUGAGUUUGAUGACACCAUUAAGGGUCAGUAGCUGGCUUCAACUCACUAGAGGAGUGUAAAAGUCAUAAACUCCACAUUGGGUCAGACAAGCAGCUUACCUAGCCCCAGAAGUGGAAGUUAGAGUUCUUCCAUUAAAUUGCCCUCAUAGGUUAAGGGCUCCAAACAUCUCUGAAUUCAUUUUCAUAAUCCAUUAUAAAGUGAUCAUCUGUGAGUUCACAUUUGACAUAUUAAUUUUUUUCUCCAUAUAGGCUCUAAGGCUAGAGUUCCAAUGGUUAUUCUCCCUUCCCAUAAAGAAGUACAUAUUUUUGUAUGUCUGAAAACUAUUUCCUUUAAGCUUCGGGACAACUCCUGCUGUGACAAUGUUCACCAUAUGAUUUCAUGAUUCAGCUUCCUUCUCUGUUCUUUGGAAAAAAUAUAUUCACCCCCACAGAAGACAUGAAAAAUCAUAAAACCAGAUCUUUUCUCCUAAAUCAGUCAUGUAUGGGUCACUGAAAUGUUGGAUAUGGUAAAAAAAUAAAAGUGAUUUUACAAUA